CCCAGAGCUUAAAUAGAUUAACAGUUAGAUGGAUAGAACUCUGAUGCUAAUCGCAACGCUGGUGUCCUGGGUCGUUGUAGUCGCCGUGGUGGUGGUUGUGGUGGGUGACCAAGGGGAGCAAUUGCCAGUCGCAGCAUCGUCAUCUCGGAGUAAAUCACGCACUAUGGCCCAAUCUGCCAAGUCCAUUUUCCACGAUGUUGCGGAUGUGGUUGUGUUGUACGCGAAUGCCAGCGGUUCCAAGUUGCUGAACGACCCAGAUGAUUCCAUGUCAUUCAAAUCGUGGAGCGCUUGGCCGUGUUUUCGAAUGGCAGUAGUGUGUCGGGCACAGUAGCCACCAGUUCGCCGAUAAUGCGAGCAUCCAUCGAGGAGGCAGCUCUUUCGAGCACCGUGGCGGACGCAUCGCCCUCGGGCAUAGGCUUGGUUGCGGCAGUGAGGUGCGUUGCAUUGACUGCGGUUGCGAUGGAAGAUGCAUUUGGCGCUGCCAGACUCGACGGCAUUGCGGCACUCGUAAAACAAACACUUGAUCAUAGC